AUGAGCAGUGCCCUCUUCAUGCUGACCUUGGCUGUGAGUGUCGAGACAGCGCGGGGCCUGGGGGCUGGGUACGUCGUCGCCGAGGAGAACUGGUACUCCUGCUCGAAGUAUGGCGCCGUCCAGAUCGGCACCUCGAUCGGCUGCCAGGAAGCAGCGGAGAUGCUCGGCAUGGUGAUGGGCCCCACAGACUACCAAGCCGAUCAGCCGCAGGGCUGCUAUACGAUUGGGGACCAGCCUGGCGCUGGCGCGGAAGUCUGGUUCAACACCCACCCUGUGGGCCAAAUGACGUCGGGCAGCAGGGCCAUUUGCGAGCUCGAGUGCGCCGCAGGCUACUACGGCCUUGACGCGGGCAUUCCUAGCUCGUCCUAUUCCGAGUCGACGGGGGGCUGCGUGCAAUGCAACGGCGGCGAGACUAGGAGACGGCGCUCGGUGUCGUGCCAGGGAUGCCCUGUCGGGUACACCGACGCUGGCGACGCCGAUGCGUGCGUCCUCGAAGGUACUGCCACGCCGUCCCCUCCGACGCCAUCACCCACACCUGUGCCCACCAUUCCGCCCACGGUCUGCGUCGACUCGCCUGCCGGCUGGGCAGACAGCUCUGGGCAGGGCUGCCAGGUGUACCAGACGUCCUCGUGGUGCACGGCCUCUGGCGACUACGGACCGUCGUGGGAACCGCAGUGGGGGCCGUUCGACCUUUACGCGACUGGAGGUGUGUCUGCGGAUGCGGCCUGUUGCACGUGCGGCGGCGGCGACGCGCAGACAUCGUCGCCCUCGCCCUCGCCGACGCCCGCGCCGACGCCCAUGCCGCCUGGGGCCACGGCAGCGCCGACGCCCGCGCCGACGCCCUCGCCGACAACGGCGCCGACGCCUGGGCCUACGCCCUCGCCGACGCCCGCGCCGACGCCCCUGCCGCCCGGUGCCACGGCGGCUCCGACGCUGGCGCCCACGCCCUCGCCGUCAGCGCCGCCGACGCCCGGCCCUACGCUCGUGCCAACAGCGGCGCCGACGCCCCUGCCGCCCGGGGCCACGGCGGCGCCAUCGCCGGCGCCUACGCCCUCGCCGACAGCGGCGCUGACGCCCUGGUCUCCUGGGGCCACACCGGUUCCGACGCCAGCGCCGACGCCCCCGCCGACGGCACCCGUGCCAUUGGAGGUUACGGCGACGCCAGCGCCCACGGGUCUGCCGCCAGAAGAGCUAGGCCCCGCUGCUGGGGGCCUGGCGCUGUGUCCGCUCGGUGAAGACGCCCAGAUCGGCUGUGGCGAGCAGCUGGGCGCACUGGCCGCUGCCUGCACGCUGCUCCUGUGCUGCCUCUGCUGCGCUGCUGGCGCGGCGCUGCGCUUGUGUGGCCGAGGCGGCUGGCUGCCCCCAGAUACUAACGACAAGCACCGGACUGGCUGGCGCAAGUGGUGCCGCUGCCCGUACCGGGCUCUGAAGGUGCUGUUCCCACCGCGGGACCAAGGCAGCGUGCGCCUGCAGGGCUUGCGCACCAGGUACCGCGUGGAAAGGAGGACGCCGGCGAACGCCAGCGGGGAGACGCCCCAGAAGGUCCGCAUCGUGUGGGAUGCCGCGGAGCAGCAUCUCGAAAGGCUUGCGGCGCAAAGGGUCGCUGAGGACGCCGAGGAGGGCCAUCACUCCCCGAAGGUGUCGGACGCCAGCUGGAUCGCAAGCCCGCCAACGUUGCUGAGUUGCACCUCUUCGCGGCGCAGGCCUCAGAGCGACGCCGUGGAGGGCAAGGGAGUGGCUGCGAAGGCUCCCGUGCGCACAGCCUACCGUGACGGGGCCACCGUGGAAUAUUUCUCCAUGCGGAACCAGCAGUGGGUCGUAGGCAGAGUGCACGUGGCGCCGUGCGGGGACGGCGUGAGGUACGACGUGCACUUGCCACGCAGCGGACAGCGCCGCCUCGGCGUGGCCCUCGACCUGCUGCGGCUGCCACUGCGCGCAGGGGAAGCCGUGGAGUGUGGCCCGCUGACGCCCAUGGUCAACGGCCUGAUCGCAAUCGGAGAGGAGCCAGAGUGGCAGAGGGGGGCGGUCACGAAGCCCGAGGUCUCGCGCGCCGCCGUGACCGAUUACGUGGUGCUGCUCGAGGGCGGGCGUGGCUCCGCGACCGCACCGUCCCACCAGGUGCGUCGCUACUUCCGGCCGGGCUCGAGAGUGGAGAUCUACCGCGGCACAGAGCAGGGCUGGCUGAGCGGAGAGGUCGCGCACGGGGUCGGCUUCCAGGAAUACAGGAGGGCUGAGGCGGCGGCGGCCGUCGCCCGUGCAGACACGGAGGCGCCGGUGACUGCUGUUGCCAGCUCGCCCUCCCGGCGCGCCCUGUCACAGCCCGGCUCGCCUACGACUCCAGCGCGGCCGCAGCCGUCGGCGGACGUGGACGCGCGCGCCACGGACGGCAGCGGGGCGGCCUGGCCCGCUCCCGACCCCGUGGGCCAGCGCUUCUCGCAGGGAGCCGCGGCGCGACUGCAGCUGCCCGCGCAGGUGGGCAGGCGCGCCACUACUGGCAGCGGGGAAGCGCGGCACGCGUCGGACCUCGUGGGCCAGCGCUUGUCGCACGGAGCUGCGGCCCUCGACGCGGUGCGGAGCGUGCCCUCCAACGCGUCCGUCUUCGACGCUUCCGCCGAGGCCCCGCCCUGGGCGCUGCUGCCGAUCUGUGUCGCGGACCUGGACGGUGGAGGAGGCGGCGGCGGCGGCGUCGAGUGGUUCCCCGCUUUCCUCGUGCGGAUGGCGCAGCAGUAG